AUGAGGAACACUGCCCGAGUGCCUACACCGCCGGGCACUAUCUUCUACAUACUCCGAAGCGACGCGACCGGGAUGUUUGACUCUUUCUAUCGGCUCCGAUACGACCAGAGGAUCCUGGGCCGCUGCCUGAUUGACCCACGUGGCUGGACCAUCGUGCAUGAUUUCGGCCAAACGUGCCCUGGGGAGGACCCGAGGUGCAUCUCACACAAGGGCACGGACUACCUGCUGGACAACACCUGGGGCAGCAGCAGCUUGAUCGUGCCAGCUGACAACUUCCGACCGUGCAAGCUUCCCUCAAAGGGCAAGAAUCUCAGCCUCAUCUCCCACGGCGACGAGCUCCUCUGCAUCGAGUGGCUCCGACCCCUGACCGUGCUGUCUACAACCGAGUCGCCCUACCCCGAUACUUGGAGGCGAGUCAGGGCCCGGAAGGAGAGCCCGGACUACAGCCUGCGCGGUGGCACCCCUGGUUACAAGACCCCGGUCGACGACCGUGUCUACGUCGGCUUUGGACACCGUACGACGGCAGGCCCCAAGGGCGAGGUCAAACACAACCCGUUUGUAUGGCGGCUGGAUGUAAAGAGCUGGCAGAUGAGCUUUGCAGAGGUGGAGGCCCAGCUCGAGCGGGCCAUCACAGACCCCACCUGUGUCGUACAGCACGAUGGGAGGUUCUACUUGCAGACUGUUCCAAGGACAACCCUGGCAAACAAAGAUUUUGGGUUCAACCGGCACUUUAAGGACAUGUACACGGUCAAGGAGGAGAUUGGUCGCGGAUCUUUUGGCAGGACGCACAUCGCAGAGGCCAAGUCACAAAAGGGCGGCACUGUGGCCGUGAAGAUCAUCCCAAAGAGCUCCAUGAUCAGUGAGGCCGCCAUUAUGGACGUUCACAGAGAGGUCCAGAUCUUGAGCCUGCUGUCAGGCCACGAGGGGAUAGUGGAGUUCAUGGCAGCUUACGAGGACUUGAUGAACGUGUACAUUGUGAUGGAGCUAUGCCAAGGUGGCGAGCUGAUGGAUGACAUCCUCAGCAACCAGGGGCCAUACAAGGAGGCAACCGCGGUCGAGUUGGUGUGGCAGAUCCUCACGGCAGUUGCCUACAUGCAUGAGAAGAACGUGAUCCACCGGGACAUCAAGCCUGAAAACUUCAUCUUUGCCAACGAGAAGGACAACAUCAUAAAAGCAAUAGACUUUGGUCUGUCCUACAAGUGUCAAGAGAACGAAACUGUCAAGGAAGUAGUGGGGAGCCCAUUUUUUGUCGCGCCAGAAGUCCUAAAGCAGGCCUACAAUCUCAAGGCAGACGAGUGGAGCGUGGGGGUCCUGACAUACAUCCUGUUGAUCGGAACACGGCCCUUCUUUGGGAGGACGGACUCGGAGAUCUUCAAGGCCGUGCUGAGGGACGAGCCUGACAUUGACAAUGCGGACCUCAGCCUGCCCGCAAAAGACUUUCUGAAACGGCUGCUCAACAGGAACGUCGAGUCGAGAGCGACAGCGAGGGAAGCCUUGGAUCACCCUUGGCUCAGAGAUAGAUCCGCAAUGCCCGUUCAACCAGGCUGCGGCAGUAGUGACACACGCUCCGGCCUCGAUAGCACUCGUCACAUAUGCAAUGACCGCACGGAAUCAUUGCAAGCCUGA